AUGGGAUAUAAGAUAUAUUCUAACUCUGACUUAGUUCAAACAGUAACAUGGGCAAACUAUGAAUGGUUCGCUUUGAGAAACUCAGUACAACCACAAGCUAGAGAACAAACAGACCAGUAUGCAACCAUUGAGAAAAUAAGAAGACUUGACCCUAACGUUCCAGGAGUUUAUGUUAACCUUUCUGGUUCAGAUGGAAAUGCUGCCACUAAAGUAAAACUGAAACUUAGAGUUCCUUUGUCAUCUUUCCUCAUCUUCAGGUUUUUAAGAUACUUGCCAAACUGGGCAGGAAAAAUUUCUAUUGAACUUACUCCAAGCAAAAAUAACUUAGUCAUUGCACCAACACAAGACCCAUUCACUCUUACUGUAGCUGGAACUGGUGGAGCCAAGUUCUGUGACUUUUGCAAAGACAAAGUUGACUUAGACUUUGGUUUCUCAAACCUCAACACUGAAGUAAACUAUUAUUUCAAUGCUGCUGGAACUGCUUGGGACCCAGUUAAGUUCACAUGCGAAAAGUUUGAAUGCAAGAGAAUAGAAAGCAGACUUGCAGUCUAUAUGUUGGACCCAGAUAUUUCAAAUGCUUUAGCUGCCAAAUAUAUUGCAGUUCCACUUAUGUUCCCUAUACACCAAAUAUCUGUCAAAGACUUUGCAGGUGAAGUUGGAAACCAAAGUGCUGACCCAGGUGCAAGAACAGAUAUUGCCUUAACAACUGCAAUGAAACAUGCAGAUACUAUGUUUGUUCUUUUCAGACGAACUAUAAAUGACUAUUCUUGUUUCUACAACCCUGGUAUUAAAUAUCAUAUAAACAUAGAUGGCAAAUAUUAUCCAAGAGAAGAAUAUUCUACAGU